AUGGAAGAAGAGAAGAUGCCGGCUUAUGAGAAGGGUCUCUUUUACCCCGUCAAACUUGGGGAAAUAUUUAAUGCCAGAUACCAAGUAUUGGGGAAGCUAGGAUUUGGCGCAAAUUCUACAGUCUGGUUUUGUCGCGAUCUAAAAUUACAUCGCUAUGUAGCUCUUAAAAUCUACAUACGCAACUCCACGUCGAAACGGGAGGGAGAGAUCUUGAAGUAUCUCACUGGCUUCCGGUCCUCUCAUCCUGGUAGCAGCAAGUUCCGAAAGAUGCUUGAUGCAUUUGAAACCAGCGGACCGACUGGCGAGCAUCCAUGCUUGGUACAUGAGCCUCUAAUAACCAGUCUUUUACACCUUCAAGCGAUCUUUGUUGGUCACCGACUUCCAGAAAGUGCGCUUAAACCAUUACUACGAGAGCUGCUCACCGCUCUCGAUUUUCUACAUUCUGAGGCUCAUGUUAUCCACACCGAUAUACAAGCGAAAAAUAUCAUGAUUGGCACAACAGACCCCAUGAUAUUUGACGAAUGGGACAAACUAGAAAUCGAAGAUCCCACUCCCCGGAAAGCUGUUGAUAAUUAUAUGGUUUACAGGUCUCGACUCUUCAAACCAAAACCAGGCUGGAAAGGUUGGGGUUUGCCAAUUCUGGCAGACUUUGGGACAGCUCGCAUCGCCGAGGGGGAGCAAGAAGGGCUCAUACAACCAUUCAUCUAUCGUGCUCCCGAGGUUGUUCUGGGGAUGAAGUGGAAUGAAAAAGUCGAUAUUUGGAAUGUUGGAGUUCUGAUAUGGGACCUUCUUGAAAGCCGUCAUAUGUUUGAUGGCGAUAAUCCUGAGGGAAACCAGUCAAAUGCCCAUCUACUUGCCGAAAUGAUCGCUUUACUUGGCCCCCCGCCGGCUGGGUACUUGAAAAGAAGUAAAGAGAGUUGGAGGUACUGGGAUGAAUCCGGGACGUGGAAGGACAUGGUUAUUAUUCCGAAAAACUCUCUUGAAGAGUCAGAGGAGUACCUUGAAGGAGAGAACAAGAAACUCUUUCUGCGGUUCAUGCGGAAGAUGCUGACAUGGGCGCCAGAAGAAAGACAUAGCGCUCGAGAGCUCUUGCUGGAUGAUUGGCUGAGUCGUUAG